GAUUUAGUAAAGGGUAAAGCAAUCUCCUUCUCCAUCUCUUAACUAGCCACCUUAUUCCUUUAUCUUCAUUCUUCUCCCUCUUUACAAUUUCCUUCUGUGUUUCUCUUAUGUUCUGAGAAAAGUUCAAAUCUUUUUUGGGGAUUUGAUUUAUCAAUUCUUUUGAAGGAACCAUAAGAGAGACAUGGAAGCUGUUCUACAAACAAGAGGGCUUCUUUCACUGCCACCAAAUCCAACCAGAAUCAGAAGCCGUUUGAACCCAUCACAGGGCUUAAAGCAGAGGCUUUUUGCCACAAAACCCUUAGGCCUCAAUGGGUUAUCUCUAUCUUAUAAAAGAGUUCCAAGCGUUGUAGCAAAACCAAAUGGUUUAUCCCCCAAAGGAAAGAGCUUUAUUUGCAAGGCCGAGGCUGCUGCUGCUGCAGCUGACGGGCAGGAUUUGUAUGGUGAAAUACAGCCGCCAAAGUUCUUGGGUAUAGAGCUUGUGUCUCUCAAGAAGAUUAUCCCACUCGGGUUAAUGUUCUUUUGCAUCCUUUUCAAUUACACAAUCCUCAGGGAUACAAAGGAUGUGUUGGUGGUGACUGCUAAAGGAAGCAGUGCUGAGAUUAUACCAUUCUUGAAGACAUGGGUUAAUUUGCCUAUGGCUGUUGGGUUCAUGCUGUUGUACACCAAGUUGGCUGAUGUGUUGCCAAAGAAGGCUCUUUUCUACACCGUUAUUGUUCCCUUCAUAGCCUUUUUUGGUGCAUUUGGGUUCCUGUUGUAUCCCCUCAGCAAUUAUAUCCACCCUGAGGCACUUGCUGAUAAGCUCCUUGCGGUUCUUGGUCCCAGAUUCCUUGGUCCUCUUGCAAUUUUGAGGAUUUGGAGUUUCUGUUUGUUCUAUGUCAUGGCUGAACUUUGGGGCAGUGUGGUCAUUUCUGUUCUGUUUUGGGGAUUUGCCAAUCAGAUAACUACUGUAGACGAAGCAAAAAGAUUCUAUCCUCUGUUCGGCCUAGGAGCCAAUAUAGCUCUCAUCUUCUCUGGUCGAACUGUUAAGUACUUUUCUACUUUGAGGCAAAAUUUGGGUCCCGGAGUUGAUGGUUGGGCUGUUUCCUUGAAGGGAAUGAUGAGCAUUGUGGUGCUGAUGGGGCUUACCAUCUGUUUCCUGUACUGGUGGGUGAAUAAGUUUGUUCCUCUUCCCACACGUAGCAAGAAGAAGAAGGAAAAGCCUAAGAUGGGAACAAUGGAAAGCUUGAAAUUCUUGGUGUCUUCAAGGUACAUUAGGGAUCUUGCCACUUUGGUGGUUGCAUAUGGUAUCAGCAUCAACCUUGUUGAAGUUACUUGGAAAUCUAAGCUUAAAGCGCAGUUUCCAAGCCCAAAUGAUUACUCCUCUUUCAUGGGUGACUUCUCAACUGCCACUGGAAUCGCGACAUUCACUAUGAUGCUACUAAGUCAAUUUAUUUUUGACAAAUACGGAUGGGGAGUUGCGGCCAGCGUAACACCUACUGUCCUGCUUCUGACCGGAGUUGGUUUCUUCUCCUUGAUAUUAUUUGGCGGUCCUCUCGCACCAACUCUUACUCAGUUUGGCAUGACUCCUCUUCUUGCGGCCGUAUAUGUGGGUGCCAUGCAAAACAUUUUCAGCAAGAGUGCAAAGUACAGUUUAUUUGAUCCUUGCAAAGAAAUGGCCUAUAUUCCUUUGGAUGAGGACACCAAGGUUAAAGGGAAGGCUGCCAUCGAUGUUGUAUGCAACCCACUGGGGAAAUCGGGAGGCGCUCUGAUUCAACAGUUUAUGAUCUUGACCUUUGGAUCACUUGCAAAUUCAACCCCAUACCUUGGCGGAAUACUUCUGGUGAUUGUUCUUGCAUGGCUAGGAGCUGCAAGGUCUUUGGAUACGCAAUUUACAGCUUUACGCAGGGAAGAGGAACUCGAGAAGGAGAUGGAAAGAGCAGCUGUUAAGAUCCCGGUUGUCUCUGAAACCGGAAACGUCUCUCUUGCAAGCAGUUCUUCAUUAAAUGCAGCCGCAGGUGACUCAACUGAAAGUUCAUCGGAAACAUCAACUCCAAGCAGUAUCUAGAAAGAAAGAACUUUCUUCCAUUUGUUGCCCAACAGGAAGAAUAAGAAGCUGAUAAGAAGCAGUGCUAGGUGACUGUUGGCUCUAGAAUUUAUUUUAAUUUAUACGAAGAACAUUAGC